AUGAAUUACAGAAAUCACUUGAUACUUAGAUUUUCUUUUAUAUAUUUCUAUAUUGCAUUUUAUUUUUUGUUACAAUGUACAUUAAAAAUAAAGAGCAAAGAAACUUUAAACUUACAAUUCAAUAAAAAUCAUGUAAGGAAUUUAUCAGAACAUAAUGUAGAAAAUACUUAUAAAAAACAAGAAACUUUAAAUAAUUUAACGGGAGAAGUUUUGGAAAAUAAUUGUUAUGAAGCAACACGUUUAGAAGAUUCAGAAGAGAAGAUUGAUUUGGAUUAUAUGAGGAGUUUGUGGAAGGAUAUGUAUAAUGAACAGACAUUAAAAAAUGAUAUGCUAAAUUCGUUAAUAGAAAAUUGGGAUAAUAUGUGCUUAAUUCAUGGGAUGGAUAAAAAUUCAACAAUUGAGGUUUGUAAAAAUACUAGGCUAGGUUGUUGGAAUAGAAGAGAUGCUAUUCAAAAGAAGGUAAACGAUAUUAAAUAUUAUAAUGAAUUCAAAGAACUUGAGGAAGGAUGUACAAAAGAACAAUUUUUACAUUUCCUUGAUAAGACAAAAGAGGAAAUGGAGGUAAGAAGAGAAAAAUUAUUGAUAACGUGGAAAGAAUGUUUGGAUAAUUCUAUGAAGAUGUGGGAAAUGUAUGUUAAAAAAUAUAGUGAAAAAAAGGAUGGAGAACCAACAGAAGAUAUAAAAAAAGAUAUGUAA